CUUCUCUCUCCAUCGAUCUCUCUUUCAUGUCUCUAUCUAUGUAACUCUCCUUCUCUCCCUCUCUGUUUAUCUGUUUCUCUCUUCCAACGCGCGCUCUGACACCUCCACCGUUAUUCGGUGAAGAUCAUUUUUUGGGGGUUGCACUCAAGUGGUCGUCGGCACAAGAGUGGUUUUAUUGUUGUUUUAUUUCAUAAGAAAGUUCCCCAGUACAUGUAGGCGGUGAUUGCCUCGCAAUUGGAUUUCGGCGGCGGAGCUUUUACAUCCCAUCUCGAGCGCCGCGGGUAAGCGGGAAAAGGCAGGUGCACGCGGACACGGUGGAAGCGCGGAGCGCAUUCGAUUUGGUAAUGCGGACACGAGGCUGCGUGGAGAUUGCGAGUACGUUAAAUAACCACGAAAAAGGAACGAUGCACUUCAAAUGACGACGGUGCUUUGGAUUAAAAGCUUUGUCCUUCUCUGUCUAUGUUUCUAUAACCCGAGGUAGGAUGUGACACAUUGGGGACUGACUCGCUCUCACCCUUCAAGAAGACCCUGCUCUGCCUGGUCCGCCGUUCCCCCUGGUGCCCCCAGGUCCCCCCAUACCCAAGCACCUGGAGAACGCUAGACUGGACCUCUCCAGCUACCCACAAUCCCCAGCGGUGACCCCUCCCCAAUCAUCACAUCGACAACCCAUGUGUCUGCAACAAUUUGAUGAACAUCAUUAUUAGUGCACGACGCAACAUCAAAUGAUCACUCCCAAGCUUUAAAACACUCACAAAGCCCCUUUUCUAGCGAAACAUACUCCUUCUCCAGCCUCUUCCAUAUACCGUUCAGUCGGUACUACUUUCUCCAUCGCAACCAAACAUCAGCGGAACCCACCGACGCCAUGGAUCAGUGGCCACUGCCCCCCAACCCCCUGAACUUCUCCCUCCCAGAGCCCCUCCUGUGGAACGACUCGGACCUGGACCUCCUGAACACCUCGGACCGCCGGGGCAGCCACCAGGACAAGACCAGCUCGGUGGUCAUCACCCUCGUCUACUUUGUGGUGUGCGCGGUGGGCCUGUGCGGCAACACGCUGGUCAUCUACGUCAUCCUGCGCUACGCCAAGAUGAAGACGGUGACCAACGUCUACAUCCUGAACCUGGCCGUGGCCGACGUGCUGUGCAUGAUGAGCCUGCCCUUCAUCUCCCUGCAGCUGGCCCUGGUGCACUGGCCCUUCGGAGAGGCGCUGUGCCGGGCCAUCAUGACCGUCGAUGCCCUAAAUCAGUUCACCAGCAUCUUCUGCCUCACGGUAAUGAGCAUCGACCGGUACCUCGCUGUGGUGCACCCCAUCAAGUCCACCAAAUGGCGGAAACCCCGCAUCGCCAAGCUCAUCAACCUCACCGUGUGGGGGGUGUCACUGCUUGUCAACCUGCCCACCAUGAUCUUCAGCGGCCUGGACAAGGUCCCCGUGUGUGGGAUCGUGUGGCCCGAGCCCCAGGAGGUGUAUUACAAGGCCUUCAUGUUCUACACUUUCUUCAUCGGUUUCUUCCUGCCUCUGAUCGUCAUUUGCAUGUGUUACGUGCUCAUCAUCGUCAAGGUGAAGUCAUCGGGCAUGCGGGUCAGCUCCAGCAAGCGUCGGCGCUCCGAGAGAAAAGUGACGCGCAUGGUGUCCAUCGUGGUGGCCGUCUUCAUCCUCUGCUGGCUUCCCUUCUACGUCUUCAACGUGACCUCGGCCACCAGCGUGAUCAAGCCCACCUCGGCGCUGAAGAGCACCUUCGACUUUGUGGUGGUGCUGGGCUACGCCAACAGCUGUGCCAACCCCAUACUCUACGCCUUCCUGUCGGACAACUUCAAGAAGAGCUUUCAGAACGUCCUGUGUCUGAGGAAGGUGGGCGGCUUGGACGAGAUGGAUCGCAGCGACAGCCGCGCGGACCGCAGCAGGAUGGUGCACGACAUCCUGGUCAACAACGCAAACCUGGACACCCACAAUGCAGCACUGCUCAACGGGGAGCUGCAGACCGCCAUCUGAGGGGGGGGGGAGGCGGAGGUGGAACGGGGGACGGGGUCGCGCGUUUGGUGGUCACUAGUGGUUGUCGCUGAAGGAACAUUUGCCCCCUCCGUCGGAUGUGGAAUACAAGUGGAAUAUGUAUUUGUUUUAUCGAAUAAUGUUGAAAUAAAAGAUAAUUAAAAUAUUCUGUGUAUUAUUCACAUGAAUAAUACCUUUUCUCAAGGGCUAGGAGGUUUCAGAACACUGCAGUCCUCCAAUGUUGUCUACCUGUAAGGAGUCGCGGCCGGGAGGGUUAGGGUUAGGGUGAGGUGGCAGUGAGUUGAGCUGGGCUUGGAUCACCAUUGGCUAAACUGAAAAAUCAACAGUCCAAAAAAACUUCAGUUUGACUGAAAAACAAUGUCGGACCAAACUGAUGUCAUGGUAUGCUCUAGUAGCGGAUCCCGUCGGUAACCGAUAGACAGCAACCAAAAAAGAAUGGUUUGAAUCCCAGUGUGUGGACUCAGAGGGUAUGCAUGGAUAGGAACCCAAAUAACCAUUGUUCUUGGCAGCAUGAUUUCAUCCUUAAAGGAAAGGAGGUAUUAUUCACAUUUCUACAUGUAAAACUGGGAAGACGACAACUGUUGUGUUUUUAUGCUUCAUACUGAGAAGGUGGUUUCUCUACAGGGCAGCUGGCCAGACAGACUGACUGCCAGCUAGACACUUCAAUAAGCAUAAAUGUCGUACAGUAAGGGAUUGAAUUUUAUAGCGCUUUUCUUAAAGACGCUUAAAGACGCUUUACAGUGAAGGGGAGACCUCACUAACCACCACCAGUGUGUAGCACCCACUUGGGUGAUGCGUUCUGG